UAGGCCCUCCUUCCUCUGCCCUCUCCCCGCCUCUCUCACACACACCCCUAAACCCCACCCCCAGGCGCCUGUGGGGCCUCUCCUAGGUUAGGCUGCUCCAGGAAGUUUCCAUGAAAGCGCCUGAAACACUAAGUUACCUUUGCCAGGAGAACUCCAGCGAGAAAAUAGGCCUGCGCCCACUCAGGUGAGUUGCAGCCGAGAACUUUGGGCUCUGCUGGGAGGAGAAAGGGAAGUUGAGAAAAUCCUUGGACCUGGUGGCGUUGUCUCUUCCUCAUGGCUUCACCCAGCCGCCCCGGCAGUGACUGCUCCCGUAUCAUCGAUCACAGCCAUGUCCCCGGGUUUGAGGUGGCCACCUGGCUGAAAAUCACGCUCAUCCUGGUGUACGUCGUCAUCUUUGUGGUGGGCAUCCUGGGGAAUAGCAUCACCAUUCGGGUCACCCAGGUGCUGCAGAAGAAAGGCUACCUGCAGAAGCAGGUGACGGACCACAUGGUGAGUUUGGCUUGCUCAGACAUCUUGGUGUUCCUCAUCGGCAUGCCCAUGGAGUUCUACAGCAUCAUCUGGAAGCCCUGGACCACGCCCAGCUACUCCCUGUCCUGUAAGCUUUACACUUUCCUCUUCGAGACCUGCAGCUACGCCACGCUGCUGCACGUGCUGACGCUCAGCUUUGAGCGCUACGUCGCCAUUUGUCACCCCUUCCGGUAUAAGGCCGUGUCCGGACCCUGCCGGGUGAAACUGCUUAUUGGCUUCGUCUGGAUCACCUCCGCCCUGGUGGCAUUGCCCGUGCUUUUUGCCAUGGGUACCGAGUACCCUCUGGUGGACGUGCCUAACCACCGGGGUCUCACUUGCAACCGCUCGCGCACCCGCCACCACGAGCACCCCGAGGACUCCAACAUGUCCAUCUGCACCAACCUCUCCAGCCGCUGGACUGUGUUUCAGUCCAGCAUCUUCAGCGCCUUCGUCGUCUACCUCGUGGUGCUCUUGUCCGUCGCCUUCAUGUGCUGGAACAUGAUGCAGGUGCUCAUGAGGAGCAAGGCCGGGUCGCGGGCCGACAGCGGGAGGCAGCUGCAGCUGAGAAAGACCGAGAGUGAGGAAAGCAGGACCGCCAGGAGGCAAACCAUCAUCUUCCUGAGGCUGAUCGUUGUGACCUUGGCCGUUUGCUGGAUGCCCAACCAGAUUCGGAGGAUCAUGGCUGCGGCCAAACCCAAGCACGACUGGACGCAGGCCUACUUCCGGGCGUACAUGAUCCUCCUCCCCUUCUCGGACACGUUCUUCUACCUCAGCUCGGUCAUCAACCCGCUGCUGUACAACGUGUCGUCGCAGCAGUUCCGCAGGGUGUUCGCGCAGGUGCUGCGCUGCCGCCUGGCGCUGCCGCACGCCAACCACGAGAGGCGCCUGCGCGCGCUCGCCAGCUCCAGCGCCUCCAGCGGCCCCGGCGCGCGCUCCGCCCGCCGCCCGCUCAUCUUCGCCGCCUCCCUGCGCCGCUCCUCCGCCAGGAGAACUGACAAGGUUUUCCUAAGCACGUUUCAGAGCGAGGCCAAACCGGAGUCCAAGCCCCAGCAACUGGGCCUCGAUUCGCCAGAUCCCAGCUCGGAGACGAAACCGGCCAACUCUGCCCCAGAGAACGGUUUUCAGGAGCAAGAAGUUUGAAUGUGGAGGAAGGAGGC